AUCUAAGCGAAUCAUCCAAGUGUACUACGUGUUUAGUUAACACCGAAACCGUUGAUUGCAAGCAGAUGGCGGAAGCGAACAGCACAUAAUACACCUUGAGUACUUAAAUGUCCUGAUACUAGAAUUAAGUAGUCUUCGACGAGUGGUAGUGAGUAUUAGAUGAGCGCCUGACCUAUUCAUCCCGGUCCGGCCCUACCUGGGCCGGGGGAGCAGUGCUCUGCAAUUAAUGUUAGCAGCAAACCGAACGUGCCACUGCAGCUUAUUAAAACUCUUUACUGAGAUGGAUUAAUUCACGAAGUCAGUGGUGCACGCUACGAAAUUUAACGUUGACCUGGGAGUUACGAGCGAGAGUGCUGGCGCGGCAGACCAUACAAAGACCGAAGCGGCACAUGGUUUAAGGAUUGAGGAGGAUCGCUUUCGGUACCAAGUUAACCCUACGGCCGUCACCCGCGCCAGGCCGGUUACUCCCGUGGAACAGCAAUAGUCGUUUCACAAUCAAGUAUUUCACACAGACUUACAUGUCAUAGCCUAGUAGCAAACGCUGGAGCGCGCAGCAAUUGGCUUGCAAUGGAUGAGCGAGAACGUUCCAAGAAGCAGUCCUCCUCAGGCGUGUGCACCUGAGGGUAUAAUAAACAGCAGGAUCUGACAAAAUGCACAGGCUGGAGAUUGCCACAACCGCUAGCGACCCAGAAAGACCCCGGUGGCCGGUUGCAGACGCAAGCAGCGGCGACUUGGAGCCCGAUACCUCCAGCAGUUCCGGUAGCCCGCAUACGCAGCUGCUGUGCAAGCGGUGUGACCCCAGCGCCAGAACGUCCGCCACCGCUGAUACCGACUUAUUACCAGCCACCGUCCUUAACAGCUCUUUGGGCAGGUAUGCAAGAGCAGGCGACGACUUCAAAACGCGGCUGCCAGCGCCACUAGCGGCUACUGGCAACGCCGGUGCUACUAUAGACUCCGUUAACAGCCGCUUGCCACAUCCCAGCACUGAUACUGGUAGUACCGCAGCGUAUGUGGGUGUCAACGCCAGCACCGGCGGCACUUCGUUUAGCAACGCUGCUGAACUGAUGGCCGCUCGAGAGCCUUCGUUCGCCGCGACGGCCGGGCAGCAAACCCAGCAUAUUCACGGUUGGUGUAACGUCGCGAGCGGCUCCAGCACUGCUGGCGCCUCCGCAAAGGCAGCUGUUGUGGAGAGCGUCAGCGAGACAGCGGCUGCAGCUGGAACCCAGUCAGACCCGCGCCAACAGCCACAUCCUUCGGUGCAGCACCAGCAGCAGCAAGGACAGCAAGGCCUGCUCCAACAGCAGGCGAAAGCCGAGCCAGGCCAUCCGCAGUUGCUGCCGGCAACGCAAGCGCUGGCCCUGGCUCUGGCUGCAAAGGAGGCGCCUCUGGAGCCCCGCGCCAAACAAGGAGCAGCAGCUGCAGCGUUGGUAGCGGAGCACGGGUUAGGUGCUGGAGCUGCCACUAAUCUCGCAAAGGGGAGUGCAAAUGCAGGCGCAUGUACCGUAGCCAUGGGCCCAGCAGCAGAUUCUGCAGGCGGCGCAGCAGCAGCUACAACAACAGCAGCAGCAGCACCCGUUGCCACUGCUCGCAGGCGCUCCCAGCUCCCAGAUGUCACCCAUGCCGCCGGCUCCACCACGCAUGUGCCAGCGGCCCUUCCCCUUCCUCUUCCUAGUCCACUUACGACGCCGCAGCGGAUCCAAGCAACGCCACCUACCCCGCCCAAAUACUCUGUGGCUGGGCCUCGAUCUGACACGCCAGGCAGCAUCAACUCCAGGGGAGAUGGCGGCGGCGGCGUCGAGUACGGCGAGUACGGUGACGAGCAACAAAUCAUGUCGUACAGUGCAUUACGGCGAGCUGCCGUACGGAUUUGUGGGCACCCGGAUUUUGAACUGAUGGUGGUUGCCGUAAUUCUUGGGAACACGGUGACGCUGGCACUGUAUCGACCCACGGAAGCCGACACCUCGAGCUGGAAUGCAGCGCUGUUCUGGUCAGAGGCCGCAUUCAACGUGGUAUUUACCAUUGAAAUGGCGCUCCGCUGCAUUGCUCUGGGAGGCCUGCUGCCGUACCUUCGCCAACCCUGGAACGUGUUUGACAGUUUCAUGGUGGUUGCUGGUUACCUCGCCUUCCUGCCCACUGGAGCCCGCAGCGUUGUUUCGUCUUCCGUCGUUUCACCUUCCAUUUCCCUGGCGCCACUCGGCUCUCCGCCUCCUCCCGGCCUUUCGCCCUCGUCUUCAUCGUCGAUGUCCAGUGCAGGCGUGCGGGCGUUACGUGCACUUCGCGCGUUGCGGCCUCUACGCACCGUGACUCGCUUUGAAGCUCUGCGAGCGGUCGUUGUCUGUUUUAUGGAGGCCGUACCGCUUCUGGGCUCCGCUGUGGGCCUUAUGCUGCUCUUCAUGUUUAUGUUUGCGGUGGCGGGGACGAGCUUGUACGGCAACGUAUACCACCAAAAGUGCUACUCGGUGCUUGACGGGUCGCCGGAGGAGAGUCCCGAAGACCCCGACAUGCUUGGGUGCGGCAACUGGCGCAGCUGCCCCGCCAACUACACAUGCAGUGUCACCCACGGCAAUGAUGCGGUCUUCAUUGCCGGCUUCGACAACACGGCUCUCGCUCUGCUGACGGUGUUCCAGGCGAUCACCCUAACCGGCUGGAGCUUCGCAGCGUAUCGUGCCUCCGACAACACCAACCCUGGAGCCAUGCUAUACUACGUGUUGCUGGUGAUGGUGGGAGCUUAUGUGCUGGUGAAUUUGUUUCUUGCGGUGCUCAAGAUCAAGUACGGAAGAGCUCAAACAGCGUUUCGAGCGAGAACCGCCAGCCGCGCUCGCAACACACGGCGCAACACCGUCGUCAGCUUGUUCAUGGGAGCCAAGUCGCGGAUAUCGCAGUACGGCACCAAGAGGUCCGCGGAGAACACCCUGAACUCCAGUCUCGCUACACUCAUUCAGACCCGCAUGUCACAGCAGCUCAGCUCGAUUCAAGGGUCACAGGAGGGGUCGUCAAACACGCCGGCGAGGUCAGCGCUGCUGCCAGCGGCAGCGGCGGUAUCGCAAGGGGCAGUAAAGGUUGGCCACGAAUCGUACGGCAGACUCAGCGGCGGUAGCCGCAGCAAUAGCGGUACUGCAUUGAGGAGCGAAGUUCGAGAGGCCCCUUCCCAGGCAGACUCCUCCACCGGCGCUGCCGCUGACGGCGGCGAACAUGCUGCCCUCCAUGCCGCUGCUAACACCGCCGCCUCCGACAUCGAUGCCAACGCCAGCGCUUUCCUCACCCCUAUCAACGACUGUUCCCAGCCUGCCCCGCGCCAGCAGCUGUACGGCACCCGUAUACCUGCCGCCGCCGUGGACGCCGCAGGGCCCAACGCCGGCGGCAGGAUCUCCCCGCCGCCGGCGCCGAAGACGCCCCCUGCUGCUGCUGCUGCUGUUACAAGGCCUGCAAGCGCGGUGAUACCAGCCCAUCUCGGCACCCACCAUGAAACGGGCUCACAGGCUGCAUCAUUAUCACCACCAGCAUCAGGCGUCAGACCCACUGACAGCUAUGAGGUCCUUCAGGGCCCGCUUGCUGCUCAGGAGCUGAAGGAAGGUCAAGAAGUUGUUGGCGACCUUGGCCCGCGUGAGCCACUUGAGGGGGUGGCACCGGUCCUCACGGCAUCAGCAGCAGCAGCAGGAGCGGCGGGGGAGCCGGGGGUGGAGGCGGCGGCGGUGGAGGUGCAGGAAGUGGGUGGAGGGGAUUCUCUGGGGCUGGCAGUGACGGCAGUCGCUGCAGCACUAACCGUUGCGUUCGCCGCGGACGGUAAGUCUCCGUCGUCGUCAACGUCGCCAUCUUCGCAUUCGCCGUCAUCAUUAUCGCAAGCCGCGGCGGCGGCGGCGAAAACCGCUUCCGCCGGCGCCAAUUCUACCUCCGCAGGAGGACCGCUGGCGGAAUCUUUGGAGCGGCCCCACGGAGCCUCGGACCCACCUCUCCUUCAGCAGCCUAACUCAGCUCCAUUUUCGGCUCGAGGCAAGGGCAGGUUCCAAAACAACAGGCUUCUUUUCUGGACUCAAAGGGGCAAGAACAGCAACAAUGCACACAGUAAUAGCAACAACCGCCACAGUCGCAAUGCGGUUGUACCAUUGCAAUCCUCAGCAGCAGCAGCCCCGCCGUCAGACCUCCCCUCGUCAUCUUCCAUCCCGCCGACGUCGUCGUCGCUUCCCCCACUCGUCCUGUCGCCAGCUCCCCAGCAGCGCUCCAUCCUCAUUUCCUCCAUGUCAUCUUUCCCACGGCCUCCCAGCCUAACCACCAGCGACGGCGGCGCUAACAACCAACCGCCGUACGACACCAGUUUCCUAACCGCCUCCCGAAUGUCAUACGACUACCGGCACAUGCCGUCCUCCAUGUCUUCUUUUGGCAAUAACGGCAACGUUGGCGGCGGCGGAGCGGCGGGAGGUCGUCGCAGCGCCUCAGGUCACGGUCCCCAGGGUCCCUUUCACUCGCCUGCUUCCGGGUUUGGCGCUAACAGCGGCCGGAUUAUGAGCAGCAGUGGUGCUGUCGGCGGUGUUGGGAUGGGGCCGGGAGGCGGCAGUCUGGGGCUGCUGCUGGGGAGCUCGCAGGACCCUCAGGCACUGCUGGGAGGUAAUCUGGCGGCCGCAGCCCUCAUGAUGGACCCCUCGGAGUUCGAUGAGUUUGUGGCGGACGAGCCGCCACUGCGGCGCCUGCACCUGCGCACCAUGUUUCGGCUGCGGCUGCUGGUGCACUCGCCUGCCUUCGGACACACCAUGCUGGGAAUCACGGUGGCGAACACAGUCCUGUUGGCAAUGGAGUACGAUGGAAUGAGUGAUACGUAUGCAGCGGCGCUGCGCAACAGCAAUUACGUGUUCACUGCGCUGUUCACACUGGAGAUGGGCGCAAAGUUGUACGGCAUGGGUCUCUGGGACUAUGUGCAGGACGGUUUCAACCUGUUCGACGGUCUGGUGGUGGCGGCCUCUUGGCUGGAGAUCCUUCUGUCGUGUUUUGGGCACGGUGGCAGGCUGAGUGCCAUGGCCGCCCUGCGCGGCUUCCGAGCGCUGCGGCUGCUCAAGGCGCUGCGCUACGUGGGUCCGUUGCGCAAGAUCGCGGGAAUGCUGCUGACAGCUGCCUCCUCCUUCGCUGCCAUCGCAAGCCUCAUCGGGUUGUUCUGGGUGGUGUUUGCGAUCGUGGGGCUGCACGUGUUUGGAGGACUGACACUGGCGCGGCAGCCCUACCCCAACUUCAACACCUUUUUGAAUUCGCUGGUCACGACGUUUGACGUAAGGAGGGCGAGGGCGAGGGCAUGAUCCGGUGAUGUGGGCUACGUUACGUUGAACGGUCAGCACGCUCGUGGGGAGGGUGUUUGACAAUAUGACACGGGAUAGUUCUCCCCACCCUAAGUGGCCUGAUUCACAACACCACUGUACCGGCCCCCAGACGAACCCUCGUCCCCACCCUCACACCGUU